UCCGGGGAGACCAGAUAUAGUGAAUGCAGGGUCCUGGGAAACCAGGUAUAGUGAAUGCAGGGUCCGGGGAGACCAGAUAUAGUGAAUGCAGGGUCCUGGGGGACCAGUGAAUGCAGGGUCCUGGGGGACCAGAUAUAGUGAAUGCAGGGUCCUGGGAGACCAGAUAUAGUGAAUGCAGGGUCCGGGGAGACCGGAUAUAGUGAAUGCAGGGUCCUGGGAGUUGCUGGGUAUUUGGGUCCCCUUAUAGUCCUGUACAGCCAGGCG